AUGGCUGAGCUCACAGAAUUGUUCCCCUUAGGUCAACAUUUUGAUGGCUUGAUGCACAUGUAUGUGUAUGUCAUCACUUUUGAUCUUCCAACUCUGGCCACUGUUCUAUUCAUACUCACAUUGUUGUUCUUUAUCCUGCACCAAAUUCUCAAUGGGUUGUUCUUCUGGGUACUAGAAAUGAGACCAAAUGAACAUGAUCUUGAAGAGGGCAUCACUCAUUUGGCCAAUUAUGGAGAGCCCUCUAACCAAUUUACCAUUUUUCAUGCGCAUACCAAUUUGCAUGCUUGGACAUUGGCGACUGCAUUUGAAGGAGUUUUUGAUGCCAAAAGAGGACAAAAUCUUAGAGCAUCCAAGAAGUUGCCCCCCUUGAAAUAUGAUGACAUGUAA